AUGACUGCCAAUGACAGUGCCAAUGGUGACGGAGCAGCACCGCAGCCGCGCCGGAAGCUAGAGUUCAAGGGUUGUUCCAAUGUCGAGCAUGAAUAUGAGUUUCUGGAGAAGCUCGGUGAGGGGACGUUCGGUGAAGUGCACAAAGCGAAACGGGCUCGGACAGGCGAAUUGGUUGCCCUCAAGAGGAUAAUCGUGCAUCAGCCAGAGAAAGAGGGGUUUCCGAUCACUGCUCUCCGCGAGAUCCGCCUUUUGAAAGCCGUCUCUCACCAGCAUGUCAUCUCACUUAUCGACAUGGCAGUCAAACGUGGCGACCCGAAGAAGGGACGUGGCUCGGAAGCAAUCUACAUGGUUACACCAUACAUGGAUCAUGACCUCGCGGGUCUCCUAGAAAACCCCAAGAUCCAUCUCACUACACCCCAAAUCAAACUCUACACCAAGCAGUUGCUGGAAGGCAUGCGAUACUUGCACGCGAACAAAAUCUUGCAUCGGGACAUGAAGGCUGCCAACCUUCUUAUCAACAACGAGGGUAUUUUGAAAAUCGCUGACUUUGGCCUGGCAAGAUAUUACGAUGAAGACCCACCGAUCCCUGGUGUCGGUGGGAGGCCUGGGCCUGCGAAAAGAGACUACACCCCGCUGGUCGUGACACGAUGGUAUCGUCCGCCUGAGUUGCUACUCGGUGAGCGCAGGUAUACUACGGCAAUUGACAUGUGGGGAGUUGGUUGCGUCUUUGCGGAGAUGCUGGUCGGCAAGCCUAUUCUUCCUGGUCAAAGCGACAUUGACCAGGUCGACAAAAUCUUCCAGCUGUGUGGAACGCCAACAGAGGAGACCAUGCCGGGCUGGAGUAAACUUCCCGGCCCUCCUAUGGAGAAUGGAAUUACUUUCAAUGCGCCGAAAUAUCCCUCGACCAUCAAGCAACGGUAUGAGAAGUAUGGCGUACUUGCGGUUCAGCUUCUUGAGAAUCUAUUGAAGCUCAACCCUCAGGAGCGGUACUCUGCAUACGAAGCCUUGGAAGCGUCGUACUUUCACACUCAGCCACUCCCGGCUAAGCCAUCAGAGAUGCCGAGAUUUGAAAGCAGUCAUGAGUAUGAUAAACGCAAACGCAAGGAGGAGGAGAGGAGCAGGAGACCCGCAGCGCCAGCAGGUAGUCAAGUUGGAAAUCCGGACAGUCAUUUUGCAGGGAAUGGGAGAGGCCCGGGCUACAGAGGAGACCGCUGGGAUGGAGGCAGGGGGUAUGAUGACCAUCGACGUGGUGGAUACAGAGGUGGUUAUGGAGGUGGAGGACCUCCUGGGGAUCGAGAUGGUCAUGGAGGCGACGGUGGUGGCUAUAGAGGUCGCGGUGGAUAUGGAGGGCGUGGACAUGGCGAGCGUGGGGGUUGGCGCGGCGGGAGUAGACCGUACGAGGAUCGGGAUCGGAGAGAUGGAUAUGGACCACCGAGAGGGGGCGGUUACAGAGGUGGAUAUGGAGGUGGAGGUCCACCGCCGCAGCGUGAUGACCGGUGGAGGGGGUAG